UCUGUAGAUUCAAGGAAUACCUAUUAACCCUUCCUAACAAAGCUCAAGGUGAUGAUGGCAGGACCAAGAUAGUCAUCGACCCUCAUUUUUUUCUGGUGCAUCACGGAGCCGCGCUAAGUUUUCCUUUCAGCAGCAGGUGGCUGUAAGAGAAAAACCAUAAAGUUUCCAGGAAGAGAAUUACUAAUUUACAACAAAAAUUAAAAACCUAAAAAUCAAAUUAACCCUUUUGACACUAAAGUAGCAACAUUGAUUAUAGUUAAACUAGACUAGUGAAAUGCCAAAAGAAAAGGACUCAGGUGACAAUCAAGGGGAUAAAUUUUCUGUGCCGGUAAUGUCGGAGAGAUUUCAUACAAUUGAGGAGAUUGACAAUCUGCAUCAUGAACCAGAUUGGGAUCCAAUUGCUGAGCUAGAGAGCAUUUUAUCUGAUAGUUAUGAUAUGUCUCCUAUGUCCACUCACUUAGCAACUGUUUCAGAAGUUGAAGUCCAAGGUCCAAAUGUGGCAGCUAUCCUUAGAAAGCUAGAGACCCUUUUGGAAACAUCCCUUGAAAUUCUCUCUUCUGAUGAUCAAGUCAAGCAACAAUUCUAUCAAGUUUUGGAGCAACUUAGCCAAUUUAAAGACCAAGUCCCUGUCAAGUUUCAUGCUGUGAUUUACAAGCUAAAAAAUUUCAUUGAAAAUGUUGAUAUCAGAUAUGUGACUGCCCAAAAAACUAUCCAAGAUUAUGAUCAGCUGCUCCAGUCAAGGUCUCUUCUAUCAAAGCAAUUGGAAAGUGCCAAAUCCCAGCAGGACAAAAUUAAUUCUAAAGUCUCUGAAGGUAAAACACAAUUUGAAAAGAUCUGUUCUGAGAUUGUUGAACUAGAACACAAGUUAUGUACUUUGGUUCUGACUAGAGAAAAGCUAAAGAAAGCCUUGGACUCUUGUGAUGCUGAAAAUAACAAGUUAAAGACUCAGGUUGCAAAAUGGGUGCCAGAAUGCAAGACUAUCAUCACAGCUUUGAGGGAGUCUGAGACUUCUUACAAAGUGGCCCUAACCAAUAAGAAAAGAGUCGAAGAUGACUGGGCUGAUCUGAAGAAGACCUUUGUGGCUAAUAAUAUUUGAAUGGUCUCAAUUUAUGCAUAUCUUAUGCAUAUGCUUUUGUUUCACCAUUUUCAUUAUUAUGUCACCUUUCUUGGCUGAAAUGAACAUUUGGUUUCUCUGAUGUUGCUUAGUAGUUUUCAUUGCUAUCGGUCAAUUUGUUUAACAUCACAUCAAUUUUUUUUUUUUGACAAUACAGUUUCUUUUCUAACAAUUUUGUGAAUAUCUUUGAACAA